CACAAGUUGAAAAACGAUGGGUGGCGUGGAAUCCUCGACGAUCCGGACUCGGUCCAUGAAGCCGAGCACGGUCAUUUCGAAGAUAUCCCGAAGCAUCGGGGCGCGUAGCUCCAGGGGCGACGACGACGUGCUGUCGGCAGUGGCUAAAGUUGGGCCCGAGGCCGAAGUUGACUGGUCCGGCCAGUUCAACCGUCCACUGGCACCUUCGGAUCAUUACCAGCACUACAUGCCCCCAAACAUGCCCAUGUGCCCAACGUACCAAGACAACUACGUGAAGGAAUGCAACCGGUCGUGGAAGAUUAUUUGUAAGGCAGCGACGCCCAAGAUGAAGUCGUACAACAAAGACGGGAUCGUGCUGUUCUACGACGAAUUCUUCCAUCGGCUUUUUCAACGGGACCCAGGGUUUGAGGACAUCUUUCCUGGCAUCCGAAGGCGAAUCGAAGUCCUGAUCAAAGCCAUGAAGUUUCUCCUCAACGAUUCAGGCGCACCCGAGGCGACCGCAAUCGAACGGUGCCGCAACUUGGGCCACCGCCACCGCUCGAUCCCCAAGGUCAAACCACAUCAUUUUGCCGCAUAUGCCAGCACGUUUGUCGAAGUGGCGAUGUUUUGGCUUGAUAUAGAAGCGACACCCGACGUCGGCGAAGCAUGGAGCAACCUCGUCGGGUUCAACCUCAAGUACAUGCUGCAAUCGUAUUUAUACAACAUCGUGAACGAAAGCGACUGGAACCAAAACACAAUCCAGCUCAACAAAGAAGGCCGGUCGCCGUCCAUUAUCAAGCUCAAGGGCGCCGUUAAAGCCGAGAUGAAAAAGCAGUCGAUAACCCUGUCGGGAACGAAGAAGGACCUGAAAGAGAAGUAGCACUCGCUCGGCCGUCCUGAAAGUUGAAAUGCAGUAGCGUUGUCGCGGUGAACAUCGAGUCCUCUUGUAUGCCUCGUCGGAUUUA